ACGCAUCGUGAGAGAAUCCGAAGCCGCCCAGCUGAAAAGUAAGUGAAGGAAGGCCACGUUGGCAAGGGAAGAAGGCAACGUUUGCGGUGUUUUGCAAUUGCCGUUGGUAACAGUGAGAGAAGCAAUUUCCAGAGAGAUGCAAAAAGAACCCCAUCCAUGCUCCUACUGUAAACUUUGUACUGAGUAGUGACAGAAAAUGGGAGGUGAAAGGAAGAAGAUACUGGUGGGUCUAAUGGUGGCAAUGAUUUUGGGAUUUGCAGUCUAUUUCAGGCUUUGGACAAUUGACUAUGCUAUCUCCUCUGAUGACACCGAAGUGAUAAGAAGACAGUUCGAUCUUGCCAACAGGGAAGCAUUGGAUGAAUCUGCUGAGUGGAGGAUGAAAUAUGAUGAGGAGGUAGAGAGAGCUGCAAAGUGUGAUAAGCAACUGGUAGAGAUAAGGCAGAAAGUGGAGGAUGCUGCCACCAUUAACCAGCAAUUGGUAAUGCUACAAAAGGAAAACAUGGCCCUGGUUGGAAGGAUGGAAGUCUUGAAAAACAAGCUGGAGGCUACCAAGUUAAAGUGUCGCAAAAAAAUAGAUCGGUGACUUGAACAGAAUUCUAACUUGCCCUUACGUGUAUCUAAGUGCCUAUAAUUUACUUGUUUACAGAAGAUCUCAAAUGCUGUGAGAUUGCAGUUUCUGAUGAGUCCAACAAAGGGAAAUGGUUUUUGAAUGCGAUUCAGUCUCUUACCCAUAGCUAUGUACAUAACAUACAAGGUAUCUGCUUUUAGUUAAGAGAAUUUUGAAUGAAUGAUAAUGCUGUUGUACCGGUCAUAAUAAAUUUCCUU